AUGCCCGCAGCCUCUCGGCUUUCUGCUGCAGCCGACAGCCGCUUUCACGCCCCUCCGACGGACAGGCCCACUUACAAAAUCUGUCUAGUGUGGUUUAAGAACCGGCGGGCCAAGUGUCGGCAGCAGCAGCAGAGCAGCAACAGCGCCAAGGCGAAGCCCGUGAAGAAGAAGUCGUCUCCGACGCGCGAGAGCACGGGCUCAGAGAGCAGCGGCCAGUUCACGCCGCCGCCGCCGCCCAGCUCCUCCUCCACCUCCACCACUUCCUCCUCCACGUCGGCCUCCUCCUCCGGGCUCGGCGGCGGCGGCGGCGCUCUGCUCGGCGCCCCCGCCUCCGUCACCGCCCCGGUGUCGUCCAUCUGGAGCCCGGCGCCCAUCUCCCCGGCCCCGGCGCCGGCCGCGCUGCCCGACCCCGCCGCCCCGACGAGCGCCUCCUGCAUGCAGCGCUCGGCGUCGUCCUCCGGCGCCGGCGGGACGCCGUCCUACCCGGUGUCCUACAGCCAGACGACGGCGGCGGCGGCGUACGGCCAGGGUUACCCGUCCUCGGGGUCCGGCUCCUACUUCGGCGGCGUGGACUGCGGCUCGUACCUGGCGCCCAUGCACUCGCACCCCCACCACCCGCACCACGCGCACCAGCUCAGCCCCAUGAGCGGCGGCGCCAUGUCGGGACACCCGCACCACCACAUCGGCCAGACGUCGGCGCACCACCACCACCACCACCACCCCCACCACCCGUCACACCACCACCAGGCGUACAGCACGCCCGGCCUCGCCUUCAACUCCACAGAUUGUCUGGAUUACAAAGAGCAGACGGCGGCGGCGGCGGCUGCGGCGUCGGCAUGGAAACUCAACUUCAACGCCUCCGACUGUUUGGACUACAAAGACCAGGCGUCCUGGCGUUUCCAAGUGCUGUGACCUCGUCCUCCUCCCGCGGUUCUCCUC